GGCAUGAAGUGUUUGGUCGCGGGCGGCAACGUGAAGGUGCUCGGCAAGGCCGUCCACUCUCUGUCCCGCAUCGGUGAUGAGCUCUACCUGGAGCCGCUGGAAGACGGGCUCUCCCUCCGGACUGUGAACUCCUCCCGCUCGGCCUAUGCCUGCUUCCUCUUUGCCCCGCUCUUCUUCCAGCUGUACCAGGUGGCCGCCCCUGGUCAGGACCCACCACGCUGUAAGAUCCUGAUGAAGUCGUUCGUGUCCGUCUUCCGCUCGCUGACGAUGCUGGAGAAGACCGUGGAGAAAUGCUGCAUCUCCAUGAACAGCAGGAGCAGCCGCCUGGUGGUCCAGCUGCACUGCAAAUAUGGGGUAAGGAAGACUCACAACCUGUCCUUCCAGGACUGUGAGUCCCUGCAGGCUGUCUUCGACCCAGCCUCCUGCCCCCACGUGCUCCGAGCCCCAGCAAAGGUUCUGGGGGAGGCCAUCCUGCCCUUCCCCCUUGCACUGGCUGAAGUGACGCUGGGCGUUAGCCGUGGCCGCAGGGUCAUCCUGCGCAGCUACCAGGAUGAAGAGGCAGACAGCACCGUCAAAGCCAUGAUGACUGAGAUGAGCAUUGGAGAAGAGGACUUCCAGCAGCUGCAGGCCCAGGAAGGGGUGGCCAUCACUUUCUGCCUCAAAGAGUUCCGGGGGCUCCUGAGCUUCGCAGAGUCGGCAAACCUGUCUCUUAGCAUUCACUUCGAUACCCCUGGCAGGCCAGCCAUCUUUGCCAUCAGCGACUCUCUGCUGGAUGGCCACUUUGUCCUGGCCACGCUCUCGGAUCCAUCCCCGAACUCCCAGGACCUGCACUCCCUAGAGGUCCGCCGGCCAGCGCCUCAGCUCCAGGCUCACAGCACCCCCCACCUGGAUGACUUUGCCAAUGACGACAUUGACUCUUACAUGAUCGCCAUGGAAACCACUGUGGGCAGUGAGAGCUCACGGACACUCCCCUCCAUUUCCCUCUCACCUGGCCUCCAGUCCCCCUGCCACUCUGAGGAGGAAGAUGAAACUGAGGCUGAGCUCAGUACAGUGCCUGGGACCCCCCCACCCAAGAAGUUCCGCUCAUUGUUCUUUGGCUCCAUCCUGGGCCAGGGACACUCCCCACUGCACCCCAGCCCUGUGCUGGCUGAAGACAGCGAGGGCGAAGGCUGAACUGAGAAACCUCUGUGUCCAGAGGCCAUGACUACAUGGAGCCGUGGCCCCCCCACUGCCAGCACCAGCCGGGGGCAUAGCUGGCUGGUCCUGCUGUGUCCCCUUGUCCUGACUGGCUAUUGGAAACUGGUCUGGGCCCUGUCAUGUCCCCCUAACCUCCAACCAAUCAUGUCUGUUUCCAGGCUUGGCACUGAAGGAAGGUCCACCUUCCAACCUUGCAGCCAAAGCUGGACACUUGCCUUCCCUAAGAAAAAGCACAGUGGGGCUGCUGCCCCUGCCAACCCACCUUUCCUGCCUAUCAUGCUGUCUCUUCCCCCGAGACCCUUGGCAUACCUCUGGGAUCUCCUAUGGCUGGCAGACUGCUCUUGCUUUUUCAAUAUUCUUUGGCCCUGGCU